AUGGACCAAUCCUUCAGCACUGGAACACCUGGAGACACAUCCACAGGCAGGAGAAAGCCCCGAAAUUGCCAAUUCUGCAAACGCCAAUUUCGCCGCCACGAGCACCUCCAACGGCAUCUUCGCAUUCACACCAAUGAAAAGCCAUACAAAUGUGCUUGCGGUGCUUCAUUUGGUCGUCGAGACCUCCUGAAGCGCCAUCAAAAGAUCGGGCAUUCUCCGGAUACCCCUGCCCCAUCACACUUGUCGCCAAACACCCUAGUUCCAAGUACAACCCAUCAGCCUCAGGCUGAUCAGGGCUCGGUGCCCGAGAGAAGCGGGUCCCUGUGGGAACUUCCCGAUCUUCAUCAUACUGCUACCGCGUCAGGUAUACAGCAGGGAGAUGUCCCCGAUCUCCAUUUCGAAGUGGAAGGCGAUAUCCUGUUCAAUCAUCAAGACCUAUUGGUCCUCCAAGAUCUUGAAUCUUUCAGUCAAAACAUGGGUCUCAAUACCGAGUGGUAUCUCCCAACGGAGCCUAGUAUCACACAGAUAUUUACCGGAGAGCCUAGUUUCAAUGCUCUUCCAAUCCCAUCCUCGCCUUAUUCAACCCAGGCACAGCAUCCACAAUCGAGAAACGUUCUCAGCAAGCUCCCUGUCGAGAGAGAGAAUGUCGCCGAAUUUGGAGUUCUGACAUUUCCCAUACUAACGGUGACCAAUCAACAUCGGAACCGCCUUCUUCAUGCGCUUCCGAAAAGUUCGCAAUAUGAUCUGCCAUCCUGCCAUUCGCUCACUCGAUUCAUGAAUGGUUUCUUCGAUGGAUUCUAUCCCCAUAUGCCGGUGGUGCAUAUUCCGACAUUCAAGAUCGAAGACUGUGAACCAGAGAUAUUUCUAGCCAUGUCCGCGCUAGGGGCCCAAUACCGACAUGAACACCGAAAAGCCGUCCUACUGUUCUAUGCGGCUAAAGACACCCUGCAACAAAUCUCGGAUGAGAACGAAAAAUGGUUGUCCAAGAAGCGUUUAAUCUCCAGAGCUAUCUUGCAAGAUGCGUCAGGGAGUGCCAACUGGAAGAAAACCCCCGACACAUUAAUACAUAUCUCAGACUGGCAUGAAUGGGUCCAACAAGAGUCCGACAGGAGGUUGAAGUUGUUCUCAUUUGCAAUCCUGAAUUUGCAUUCUAUUGCAUUCAGCACCCCGCCAGUCAUCAUGAGUGAUGAGAUCAAUCUUCGUCUCCCGUGCACUUGCCUCGAGUGGAUCGCCCCCAACCAAACCAAGUGGACAAUGGUUCGCCGGUCAAUUCCUCAAGAUCAGAUGUUGUUCCAAGAUGCUGUUGGGCAGCUGAUGCAAAAUUCGGCAGAAGAAAGCUCAUCGGGCACACAUCUUAUCCCAUCUCCUCUCGCAAACUACAUAUUGCUUCAUGCACUGAUUCAAAGGAUCAUCCUUGCCUACCAGGCAUUUCGUUCAUUUAACGAUAAUGAAAACACACUGAUGAAUGGACAGAAGGAGCUCAUGCGAAGCGCACUUCAUGCAUGGACUUCUCAAUGGCAAAGGGCCCCAGAGUCAAGUUUGGACCCUCGCAACCCCAACGGUCCAGUGACGUUUACUUCAACAGCCCUACUUGGUCUAGCCUAUGUUCGGCUAGGUCUUGAUUUGGGCUUAUACAAAAUACUCCGCUCCCGGGAGGCCAGUGAAAUCGCGAAUCGCUUACUGCAAAUGCCAUCACUCCCUGCAGGUCCUCACUUGCUCCCAGCAAUUCUGCAUGCGACCCAUGCGCUCAGUAUACCCGUCAAGCUCGGAGUCAGCUUUGUUGCCCGAAGCCAUGCCUUUGUAUGGAGUAUCCAGCACUCGUUGUGUGGAUUUGAAUUCGCAAUAUUUCUUAGCAAAUGGCUAUUCCGCAUAUCCGAGAGCCAGAACAAACGCCCUCUUGACGAACAUGAAACACGUCUUAUCGGCUGGAUCAGCGAUAUUGUUGAAGAGGGCCGAACUUCUGGCGAUGAGGACCUAUGGCCCCGACCUGAAGAUCUAUCCAAUUGUGUCUAUCUAGGGUAUGCAGUGGUCAAGCUAUGGGCACGGCUCAUCCGAGGAAAUGAACAAUGGGCUAUAUUGAAAGUCAUUGGCGAUGGUCUCGAUGAGUAUGGCGAUCGCAGUGAAGCGUCAUUUGCACAGUCCCAAGGAACUAUUUAA